AUGCUUGAAUUGAGUCUAGGCUUUCUUUUUAGGGGAUUUAAUGCAAGUAAAUUCGUGACCUAUUUGUGUUUGCUAUUCUUCGUUCUUCUACUCUGUUUGAAGUUGGAUAAUAAGAUAGAAGUCGGCUACGCUAUUGUGUUUUUGCCUAUAUGGUUAUACAACUUAAUGGUAUUCACCGGAGCUAUUGUUGGUGUGAUUUCAUUCUUGGCACGGCCUCCUUCACCGAACGACAUAGCUUUACGUGUUGAUUUCACAGCUAUGCAAUUAACAACGGUCGGACAUACCUUUCUAUUCUUAUUUACACUUUUAACGUACUGUAAGUUGGAAUUGUCAGACAUUUUCCGUGACAGCUUAGAGUUGCACUGGAUAGUCGUCUUUUCUCCAUUGUUCACACUGUCAGUUGCUUCAAUAGGUCUCGUUGUAUGGGCAAUUCGUAGGGAUAAAUCAUUCGAGUUUGAACUGUUCUUCGCAAUAAAUAUAGUGCAGCUGUUCUUUCUUGCUUUCAAGUUGGACGACCUGGUGGACUGGUCUUGGGCAGUAGUCUUUAUUCCGCUAUGGGUGGUCCUGUCGUUGUCUGCAGUUGCCGUUCUGUAUGCCCUUGUGCUCUCGAUCGUCCUGGCUCGGGCACGUCACUUGGUGCCGUCGCACAGGCGUCGGCAUGUCACAUCAGCACUGUUCCAUGCUUGUCUUGUUGUUCCCGCUUUGAUUUGUAUGGUAUUGUUGACUGGAAAGCUGGACUCCUCAGAAUGGGGCGAUCAUGAUCCAACUUCCGACAUGCCUUUCACCGUAAGUUGCUUUACGAUAUCGUUCUGUUGGACCAUUAGGUUCUAUCCGUCUUUAUUUCAUGUGGUUUUUUCUCCUCUUCUCGUAUCUCUGCUCUGUCUUGUGUUGAUGUCAUGCGUACACGGUGGUGGAAACGUGUGGUGGUUUGGACUACGACAACCAUUUUGCACUGCUCUUCUCGACUCCUGUCCAUGCCUGAAGCAGUAUGCCAAUAUAAGUUACAAAGUGGUGCUACAUCGGGAGCGUACUAGCAAUGAGACUACUACUGGUCGUCGUGUUAUCUCUCCACAUCGUGAGGAACUUGAGAGACAUCCAGUUAAGCCGGUGGUACCAAUGUCUAAUCUUGAUAUGGUAGAUUAA